AAACAAUUCCAGUGCUCCCAGCAGCCUUAGCACAAGAAACGAACAUGGUCUAGACUGAAGUGCCAACCAAAUCCUUUCCUUUGAAAUUAUCAACAACACGACCAUGGAUUCAAGCACUGCACACAGUCCAGUGUUUCUGGUAUUUCCUCCAGAAAUCAGUGGUCCAGAAGAUGAGUCAACAGACUUUUCAGCCAUGACCUUUUCAACUCAAAGCCCCUUGCAAAAAUUAUUUGCUACAAAAAUGAAAGUCUUAGGGACUAUCCAGAUCCUGUUUGGAAUUAUGACCUUUUCUUUUGGAGUUAUCUUCCUUUUCACCUUGGUAAAACCAUAUCCAAGGUUUCCCUUUAUAUUUCUUUCAGGAUAUCCAUUCUGGGGCUCUGUUUUGUUCAUUAAUUCUGGAGCCUUCCUAAUUGCACUGAAAAGGAAAACCACAGAAACUCUGAUAAUACUGAGCCGAAUCAUGAAUUUACUUAGUGCCCUGGGAGCAACAGCUGGAAUCAUUCUCCUCACAUUUGGUUUAAUCCUAGAUCAAAACUACAUUUGUGGCUAUUCUCACCAAAAUAGUCAGUGUAAAGCCAUUACUGUCCUAUUCAUGGGAAUUUUGAUUACAUUGAUGACUUUCAGCAUUAUUGAAUUAUUCAUUUCUCUGCCUUUCUCAAUUUUGGGGUGCCACUCAGAUGACUGCGAUUGUGAUCAAUGUUGUUGACUAGCACUACGGGAAUAAAGAUGUGUCAUAAUA